UUUACCGUGAGGGAAAAAAAAAAAAAAACUUACAACCGUCGCUGCUCACUUUGUUGACAUCCGCUCAUCACAUAACAACAGUGAAGUGUUCCCGGGUUAUUCACUGUUUCAAAUGGCCUCGGGUUACAGAAAAACAACUUCCUCGGCCAGCCAGAGGAAGAAAGCGGGACCCAAAGUCGAGCUGACCGAGGAGCAGAAGCAGGAGAUCAAGGAAGCUUUCGACCUGUUCGACACGGACGGCACGGGCACGAUAGACGUCAAGGAGCUCAAGGUGGCCAUGCGAGCGCUUGGCUUUGAACCCAAGAAAGAAGAAAUCAAGAAGAUGAUCGCAGACAUAGACAAGGAGGGCUCCGGAACCAUUGACUUCAAUGACUUUCUCAGUAUAAUGACACAGAAAAUGAGUGAAAAGGACUCGAAAGAGGAAAUACUGAAGGCCUUUCGGUUGUUCGAUGAUGACUGCACGGGGAAAAUCUCAUUCAAAAAUCUCAAGAGAGUUGCCAAGGAGCUGGGCGAGAACCUCACAGAUGAAGAAUUACAGGAGAUGAUUGACGAGGCAGACCGAGAUGGAGACGGCGAGAUCAACGAGCAGGAGUUCAUGCGGAUGAUGAAGAAGACCAGUCUGUACUGAGCGUUCCGUCUCCGUCAGUGUCUUGUUCUUUUGAAGAUUUGCCUUUGGUUCUCUCAUGGACAGUUUAUACAGUAGCUUUAGGAGCUUUAACCCUCUGCAGCUCUUUGCUUUGUAAAUAAAGAAUUUGAACAUAUCUUUGCACAGAUGUUUUUGUACAAUGCAAGACAAAUAAAUAUAUUUCAUUACACUGUG